GGGACAUAAUUCAAUUACGUACAAUACCAGUUGGUUGGUGUCGUGAUAAUAAUCGAAGCAAGUGUAAUAGGCGGCGGAGGAGUCGGACAUGGCGGUAGGGCAGCCGUGAGCCGCCGGGUAUGAAUCCAGCGCCCCGUUGACGCGGACUAAUAUAUAUACAUAAGAAUCCGAAUCCACUCCCAAUUUUUUUGUUCCUGAUCGUCAUCCGUCGAGAUUGGUCUCGACGCGUCGUUCGCAGUGGUCAACAAUGGGAUUGUUCGCCUACACCGUGGCCGGCGGUGCCCUAAUUCUGAUCGGAGCGUGGGAAUCGCUGACCUCCGCCUUCGAUUCGAGCAGUGAAGCUCAAUCAUCGCCGGAUUUGCCGGCGUUCGCUUCCGAACACGUCGAAAGGCCUUCGCCGUCGUCGUUUCCAUCAACGGUGACGUUUCUCUCGAUCUCCGGUCUCGCCGUCGCUUUCAUUGCCAACUGUUUGGUUUCGAUAUCCGACGCGGCUGGCUCGAGAGAUCAAAUCGGCAUCGCUUUACAGUUGGAGGUAAUCGCAGCUGCUUUGCUGUUUCUCCUCUAUUCUGGUUUAGGCAUUUUCGUGAACAGUAAAGGCGCAUUUCGAUCGCCGGCGUAUAUACUAAAUGUGAUAUAUGUUUUUGCUUUUGGAGAGGAGUUUCUGUUGUUUUACAAGCAGAAUAAGGACUCGUCUGGCGUUGAGAAUCGUUAUUACGAUCUUCUUCUAGUGCCAAUCGCCAUUUGUCUCUUCUCAACUCUGCUUGAAUUGAAAAGCCCCAAAUCAAAUUACCCUAGAUUAGGCCGUGGCAUUGGGUUGGUGUUACAGGGGAUGUGGACUUUGCAGAUGGGGUUUUCCUUUUACUCCAAUUUAAUGGCGAAUGGUUGUGAUUUGCAUCAAAGAAGCAGGGGCAAUUACACUGUCAAGUGCAAGGGGCACAUGGAUUAUCACCGUGGCCGAGCUAUUGCUACUUUGCAGUUCAAUUGUCAUAUGGCUCUUCUUGUUACGGUGGCCGUUGGUUUGUACUCUCUAUUAUGUAAGAAGAAUGGAAUCAACAAAGAGUCUAUGCGAUAUAGGCCACUUGGAGUUGGAAAUGGAGACGGGAUAGAGAUGUUGCAGGACGGCCGUUCUCAGUUCACUUUGGAUAGUGAUGAUGAGGAUGAAAGAGGUGAGAUUAAGGAGUCGGGAAGUGGGGAAAUGCAGCAUAAACCUGCUGUCGCAGCUCCGAAUUCUACUGUUAAUGGACAUGGUUCUCAUCCUUGAGUUGUGGCUUUACAUGUGCACUUGUUCAUCUACCAACAGAAAUGUUUUGGCACGUUCCUAGAAUUCACGCUGGAGAAUACUGUGUUGCUUUCUUCGGUGCUUAGAGCUCACACCCAGGUUAGAAAGUAUUAACUUCUCAUACUCAUUUACUGUUACGAUCAUCUGCUUUGCUUCCAUUCAAGAACUUGCAUAUGGAGUUUCUAUGAUUGUACCAUCAUUUAAACAUCUGCUAGCCUAGGGAUCCCGAGGUUGGGCUAAUUCUUGUUGCUUGUGUUGGAAUUAUAUAUUACACUACAUUCUUGUUAGAAAAAAACUAUGAUCAUCCAUUUA